AUGUCGAAUUUGUCUGAAGAAAAGCACGGAAACGUUGGAAAUCUAAUCGAUUAUUUUGAGGAGCUUAAAAUUGAACUCAUGGUUAAACGAGAUCAAGUUAAGCAAUUAUCUGAUGAUUUGGAAAUUUCAAAUACAAAGUUACAAACAACAGUAAAAGACUUGUCGAAAACGAUGAAAUCAUAUGAGGAAAUUUACCACAAUUUUAACCUCGUUAACACAAAACUCCAAAAUAUAAUCGAAGAACUAAAUGUUAUGAAGAGGCAGAAUAAGUCACAAGAGCAGCAACUAAAUUCUAUGACAAGCGAAAUUGAAACCUUGAAGGAAGCGAAUCACAGACUAUCCAAAGAAAAUUUUAACCUUUUGAGAAAUAUUGACGCGAUGUCAGUUAAAAUAAAUUAUCACACGUUAUACAAAGAUCAAAUUAAUUUAGCUGUAAACAACUUCAAAAGUUCCAUAACUGACAUAAAAAAUAUGUGCAAUAAAAUAACCAAAGAACAAGAACAAGUUAAGCAAAUUGGGGAAAAAUCAGAGGUAAUGAUGGGCGCUUUGGACGUUUGCAGAAAUUUCCAGGAACAAAAUGAGCGGUUAAAAAAAGAGAAAUUACAUUUUGAACAGUUGUACAUUAAAAACAAAGCAAAACUGACGAAGCUCGAGAGUCUUUUAAAUCAGAAUUCAGAACUGAUAAAGCCUACAAUGUUAACAGACAAAAUUAUCGACCAGUGGCAAGAAAUGCAGUCCAAUUACAAAACUACAAUUAUUGAAAAGGACGAGAUGUUAAAGGUUCUUUCUGAGGAGUUACAGAAGGAGAAAGAUUGUAACUCAAAGCUGGUUCAUGAAAUUGCUAUACUGAAAGAAGACAAAACAAACAGAAAACUUUAUUAG